AUGAGCACUCUUGCCUUUAGCGCCCUUCCUCACUCUGUCCCCGCGUCAGCAAAUCUGACAGCCUCCACUAUUUACAUUCCCGACAGUGAGAUUGACCGACUCAAGACGCUUCUCAAGCUAUCACCUGUACCUGAACCCAAUGUAUGGAACAGCGGCGAUGAUGGUUCCUUUGGAAUCCCACGAAAUGAACUUUUGGACUUGGUGAAUCAUUGGGAGAAAGAUUAUGACUGGAGAAAAUGGGAGGUAACAUUGAACUCCGUACCGCAGUAUAAUAUUACUGUCGUCGACGAUGACUCAAAAUCCUACAAUAUCAACUUCUUUGCCUUGUUCUCCAAAAGCCCAUCUGCAGUUCCCAUCCUGUUCCUGCACGGCUGGCCAGGUUCCGUUGUCGAAUACCUUCCCAUUCUUCAAAAACUCCAAAGCGAUUAUGACCCCGAAACUCUACCUUAUCACAUUAUCGUCCCUCACCAUAUUGGAUAUCCCUUCUCAGACGCACCGCCUCUUGACAAAGAGUUCGCACAUUCCGAUAAUGCGCGCCUCAUGUCCAAGAUGAUGCACUCUUUGGGCUUUGACAAGACCGGUUAUGUUGCACAAGGCGGUGACUUCGGCGGCUGGACAGCGCCUGUCGUUGCCAACAUUGACCCAGCUUGCAAGCUCGUUCACAUGAACAUGCUGAACAUUAUGCCUCCAGCUGGAGAGGAUGUCGAAGCUGGUAUCAAAGAAGGACUUUAUAGUCCCGAUGAAGUAGCAGCUUUUGGUCGGCUCGCUGAGUUUAGCAAAACAGGCACUGCUUUCAUCCAGCUAGACGGCACGAGGCCAGCUUCAGCAGGGUAUCUUGUCGGAACCAAUCCUGUCGCACUUCUUGCCUGGGUCGGAGACAAGAUGAUUCAAUGGUCUGACAGAGCUCCCGACCGAGAUUUGAUCUUGACAAACGUGGCGCUAUACUGGUUCACUCGCAGCUACCCAACCUCGAUUUACGUCCAUCGCAUGGCCUUUGAGAAUCCAGAGCUUCUCAUGGCUGGCUGGAAGAACACCAAAGCGCCCUUGGGCUACUCUUGUUUCAAGAAGGACCUUGUCACCGCUCCUGAGAGGUGGAUCCAGCAAACUGAGCAGAUCAAAUGGUAUCGUAUGCAUGACACUGGUGGACACUUCCCUGCACUUGAGGAGCCUGAUGCUCUUUGGAAAGAUGUACAGGAUUUCAUUGGGGAAUUUUGGGACAAGACCGAUUGA